AUGAAUGAUGAAACAGUUAAUUUAGAUACUGAAGGGAUAAAUGUAAAUUCGUCUUUUUCCAGUGGACUGCUUCUCUGUUUAGGUUGUGUGGCUAUGAUACCAGGAGCUAGAAAUCAACUAGUAAAUAGUGUAACUUUCUUCCCUCCAUCUCCAUCUGGUUAUAAAGUGCAACCUAAUGGUAAAGUAAGCUUAUAUGACUUGCAUCAAGCAAAAUAUAGAUCUAUGAAUAGUAUUUGGAAAGAUGCUGUAAAUAGAGUCCCAGAAAGAAAGUGUGUUGAUGUUAAUUUCAUUAGUUUACCCUCUAAUUAUUGCUUCCACUUCAAAUAUCCAGGAACUAACAGGACAAUAAUUUACUCACAUGGAAAUGCUACAGAUAUUGGAUAUGUCUUUGUUCACUUGCUGGACUUAAGUAGUAGAAUAAAGUGCAAUAUUAUUGCAUAUGAUUACAGUGGUUAUGGGCAAUCUAAGUUUAAACCUUCAGAAAAGGCAAUAUAUGAGAAUAUAAGUAAUGUUGUGGAAUAUGUUACAAACACUUUGAAGAUACCGUUUGGUUCGAUUUUCCUUUAUGGACAAUCUAUAGGUUCAGCUCCAACUAUUAAUUAUGCUUCUCAGCAUAGCCAAAGCAAGGAUUUCUGUAAUUUGGGCGGUGUAAUUAUUCAUUCAGGUUUAAAGAGCGGGGUCUCAGUUUUGUGUGGCGCCUCAAUUUCUUCUCCGUGGUAUGAUGCAUUUAGGAAUCUUGAUAAGAUACAAAAAAUUACAUGUCCUAUAUUUAUUAUACAUGGUACAAAUGAUAGACAAAUUCCACUGAGUCAUGGGAAAAUGUUAUAUAAUCUUUGCCAAAAACCAUACAAACCAUGGUUUGUGGAUGGUGCAGGACAUAACGAUAUAGAGACUGUCUGGAGAGAUGAAUUUGUAUCAAAGAUCUACGGAUUCAUAUCAUCUGCAUCAAUGCAACCUAUAAUGAAACUAGGUAAGAGUGAGAAGGUUACUAAAGAUAAUUACUCGUUAUCUAGGAUGACCACGAGAACAAGCGAAUCUAUAAAUUUAUGUACCAGUGAAACUGAGAAUAAUUCUGAAGAUGAUAAUAGCGGCGAAGAAAGUAUUAGUGCGUUGAAUAAUGAAAGUGUAACAAGAGAUAUUCCAAGUAUUAAACAGAGGAGUAAUAUUUUUCAUAAUGCUACUAGAUUUUCAACACAGACUAUAACCAGUUCUAAUGUACCUAGAUGCUUGGAAAUUAAUGUGGAUGUCCCCAGUAUAGCAACAGAGUUCCCAAAAUUAAGGGACCAAAGCCAAAAGAAAAAAUUUACAUUUCAAAACAUUAUAGAUUUAUUUAGGUCUAGUUGA